AUGAUAGAUAAAGAUAUACGGGAAAGUUUCCUUGACAUUGAUAAAUCAGCAAAAUGUCCAAGAAAACUAAUCAGCUCAGUACGAGAUGCCAAAUUUAACAGAAAAGGAACAACAAAUAUUUGGGAACUGAUCGGUGACGGUCCGAAGUCCUUCACUAAGCUGUACAGUUCCAGGGAGGACGGAAGUGACGUCGUUGAGUUCCACUCAAGAUGUGACAACAGGGGACGGACAUUGACAUUAGUGUACAACUCGGCGGGAGAAGUUUAUGGAGGUUACACAUCCGUAAGCUGGCAAUCAUAUUCAAAUAAACCCGUCUACGACAAUAAAGCGUUCAUCUUCGUUCUCGCCAACCAGGAGGGAACUGCUCCAAUUAAGUUUAAUAUAAAGAAGCCUGAAUCCGCAUUGGUAUUGGAUGGAGGCUGUGGACCAAUUUUUGGAACAGGUCCAGACAUCAAAGUAUGUAUGGAGAAGGGAGAUGGCCGUAACGCACGGCUAACAAUUCAACAGAAUCCCGCUAGCUAUGACCAUGAAACGGGUUCUCUGGGUUCCUAUCUCAGCCGUGAUGAACUUGCCAGCGAAGUUGUGGUAUACCGUGUGGAGGAUGUCACUAUGAAACUAAUGGACCGCCAAUGGAGAACUGAGCCGAGGUUUGACAGGGAACACCUACAGAACUUGAAGGAGGAGGUGGAACUCUACUGGCCUCUACGAGAUAUGGGCGUAUCUGAGGACGCAUUACGAAAUGUUAACAUCCUAUUUGUCGGACCAGUUGGAGCUGGAAAAUCGAGUUUCCUCAAUUCGGUAGAAUCCUCCUUCCGUGGUCACGUGACAUUGACUGCUGGUGCGGGAAGUAGAGACAAGAGUGUAACUUCGGCGUUCCGGAGGUAUCCUAUCACAGCCUCAGACAACAGAAGGUGCUUGAGGUUUCAACUGUGUGACUGCAGAGGACUGCAGGACGGAAUCGAUAUCACAAAGGAUAUAGACUCCAUUCUAGAAGGACACAUGCCAAACAAUUACGUGAUCAACACAUCUUCUGCUAUGAAAGCAAACAUGCAUGGAUACAAACAACAUCCAAGGUUGGAAGACAAGAUCCACUGUGUUGUAUAUGUCAUCGAUGCCGAUAAACACAGCAACCAUGCCGACAUCCAUACACCCUUCAUCACUGAUAAUGUUAAGAAGCAAAUGAAGACUAUUCAAGAAAAUGUUGACCAAAAAGGAAUUCCUCAACUGAUCUUACUAAACAAAGUGGAUACAGCAUGUGAUUCGACAAAUAAGUCCACGUCUGAAGUCUUCCGGAGUUCCGCGAUUAGACAGAGAUGUAUAGAUGCUGCUGACUGCCUCGGUUUACCUCCGAUGACAGUAAUGCCAAUGAAGAACUAUUUCAUGGAGCCUUCUACCACUGACGACAUCAGUAUCCUUGCGCUGUUCAACAUCCGGCAGAUGUUGCGAGCAGCAGAUAGCUUCCUCCGCAUCAACCAUCUCGACGAACUUCGGGCAGAUAGAUAUGAAAAACUUGUCCACUAUUUACAGAGCUUGAAGGAAGAGGUUGAGGAGUACUACCCACUAAGAGAUACGGGCGUGUCUGAGGACGCCUUACGACAUGUAAACAUCCUUUUUGUCGGACAAGUUGGUGCCGGGAAGUCCAGCUUCGUAAAUUCGGUAGAAUCUGCCUUUCGUUGCUAUGUGACCAUGACUGCUAGUGCUGGAAGUAGGUCAAAGAGCUUAACGUCAAUGUUCCGGAAAUAUACUAUCAUAUCUUCUAAAACCAGACGACCGUUGAGGUUCCAACUAUGUGACUAUAGAGGGCUGCAGGACGGCAUCGAUAUCACACAAGACAUAGACCAUAUUCUGGAAGGACAUAUGCGAAACAAUUACGUUGUAAGUUCCGUAUGUGACACAUAA